AUGUUUUUCGGAGGUGUAGAAGGGGGCGCAACUCACUCCAACCUGGUGAUAUGCGACGAAACAGGACGGGUGGUGGGCAAAGCUAAAGGCCUUGGGACCAACCACUGGGUCCUCGGGAUAGAUGAAUGUGCAAAUAGAAUCAUAGGCAUGCUCCACGAAGCUAAAGACGACGCAUGCAUACCUAGAGAUCAACCUCUGGACUCCUUAGGGCUGACGUUGUCCGGGUGCGAGCAGGAGAGCAGUAACGCAGAGCUGGCGACCCGUGUAAAGGAAAAAGAUGAAAAUAGUGCAAGGGCAAUUUAUGUUGCAUCAGAUACAGCUGGGUCAUUGUUUACUGGAGCGCCUAAUGGUGGGAUGGUGCUUAUUGCUGGUACGGGAUCCAACGCUCUCAUAAGGACUCCAGAUGGUCAGCAGUAUGGUUGUGGUGGAUGGGGAUAUAUCCUGGGAGAUGAGGGCGGCGCGUACUGGAUAGCUCACAAAGCAGUGAAAACCGUUUUUGAUGACGUCGACGGCCUGGAACCAUCGCCCUAUGGAACAGAUCGCGUGUGGGAAGUCAUCAGAGAACACUUUGAUGCUGAUACCAGAGCAGAUCUGCUUCCACACACUUACAAACACUUCGACAAGAGUAUGUUUGCUAGUGUGACAUCAAAAUUAGCUUUAUUAGCGUACCAAGGUGACGCGCUAUCGCUAAACUUGUUCAAAUGCGCGGGAGUUAAACUCGCGGCUCACAUGGCUGCUCUCGCAGUGCGCAGUUCCGCUAAGCGCGUGCGUGUAGUCUGCGUAGGUUCUGUGUGGAACAGCUGGGAUAUACUUAAACCUGGAGUGCUGAAGGAAUUAGCAAGGAAACAGGUGAAAACUGAAUUCGAGCUAGUUAAACUUCGAGUUUCAUCUGCAUUGGGAGCAGCUUGGCUUGCAGCGAAGUAUGUCAACUACGAAUUACCACGAGACGAUUCAGCCUUCUGUUCAGUGUUUUACACUUACCACCCAGAAGAGGUUGCAAAUGGUAACGGGGUGGCUAACGGAAAAGGGGUAUCUAACGGGAAUGGAGUGUCAAAUGUACGGUUCAUUCGUCCUUUGCUGUCCAAGCUGUAA